AUGUUGAUCGAUGAGUUUUGCAAAGGGCAGCUGACUGCCGCAAAGGUGCAAAGCUUAGCUUCGGCCGCUGUGAAGUGGCACGCUGCUUUAGGCGGCGGCGAGGUUGCCAGACACAAUCUGGUGGCGAAGCUGGCCAAAAUUGGGACUUUCGGCAAGCACAGGUCAAAUGCAGAGAGGGAUCUGCACACCGUGAUGCGAGAGAGAGGUAAAACCAUGGAUGUGGAUGUGCUGCCUCUGCAAGCGAGGGUUUUCAACUACAAGAAGAGGCUGAGUGAAGAAGAGGAGGCAGCCAACGUGGAGAGGAAACCGUAUGCUGUUACAUGGAAGCCUAUUUCUGUUAUCCCCCCGGACGACUUGCUCUGUGCUAUCUGGAACAGCAAAGGGGAGCAAUACUUUCGUGAUUUUUUCUUGCCCGUGGAUCCGAAACCUUACUGGGACAAUCUGGAGCAAAACGCUCCAUGGUUUCGGGAGCACCCAAUGUUUGGAUGGAAAGGGGACCGCUCGAAGCUUAUCCCGGUGAGCUUGUACGGCGACGAAGUUGCAGCCUAUAAGGCCACGGAAGCCGGUUCAGUUUCUGUGAUCGCAUUUACGACAGACCUUACACCGAAGCAGGAUCCACUUGGCCGGUAUUUUUUGGUAUCGGUAUACAGCGAUCACACAGCUACGUCCGAAACAUACGGAGACGUGCUCAAUGGUAUCAUUCCUCGUUUUCAGAAGCUUGUGUCACCGGGGUUUCAAGGUUUUCCAUGGAGCAGUCACGGCUACCAAUUUUGUUGGAGUUCGUGUCAGGGGGAUCUCAAGUGGAUAAACGACAAAUACCAGAUGCAGCCGUAUCGGAACAAUCGAUUGUGCUCGUACUGUCCCUGUUGCAAGACUCACGAAGACAAGAGCAUGACGUUGGGCGACUUUCGUGAAGGUGCAGCUCACACCCUCACACGCUAUGAUCACAGGCAUUUCAUUGCAAACACGCCACCGGAGAAUCGACAUGUGAUCUUCCAGAUCCCUGGCAUGCUUUACGAGAGGUUCCUCCACGACCCGUGCCAUGGUCAACUGCUUGGAACUUCGAAGGUUCUGAACGGUGCUGCUUUGGUGUACCUUGCGGAAAACGGUUGGUUCGGGGAGUGGCCAGCCGCUGGCAAGUACGAUGCUAAAUUGGCUCCGCUUCUCAAUGUGGCUUAUGGCAGGUUUGAAGAUUGGAAGAGGAAGUGUCGCUUGCAAUGUACUCAAGCGAGGUUUACACCUGCUCGGCUGAACAGAGCGAAGAAGGCACAAUUCCCAAGCUUGAGUGGCAAAGCAGUGGCACAGAAGGUCAUCAGCUUUUGGUUGGCUGAGGAGACAGCUUCUUUUGCAAAGCGAGCAGGCAAAUCAGAGCAGGACGAGCAGUUGGCUACUUGCAUGCUCACGUACAUUCGUGUUUUGCGAUUCCUGGAUGAGUUUGGCAUGCUUUUGUCAGAGCAACAGGCUGCUGAAUUCUACAAGGCAGGCAUGUCACACUUACGCAUUUAUGCAAUGCUGCAUUCCGAGACGACUUUCAUGUUCCAGCUGUUGCCCAAGCACCAUUAUUUCCAACACAUGAUCCGAGAUGCUUCGCAACACAGGGUGAAUGCCGGCAUAUACACGCUGCUGGCAGCCGAAUCGUUUGUCGGCCAGAUAGGGCGAAUCAGCAGGAGAUGCCACAAGGCAACUGUGUCUUGCAGAACUGCACAGCGAUAUCUUGUGCAACUCAAAUCUCGCUUGCACCAGCCUGCGAUACAUGCGACCAAGCGGAAGCGAGAGGGAGAGGAAAUGUCGGGAGAUCGUCUGUUUGUGUCUUGGGUUUUUUACCACUCGCCUCCGGCAAGCUUGUAA